AUGACAUCUGCUCCCCGUCUUCGCCUUGCGUCUCCUCUGCCGUCGGCCCCAGUGGCGCACAGAGACUCCAAGACUGAUUCCAUGUCCCUCAGCCCACGGCUUCUGAGCAGCACUUCCAGGGCCGGCAAGACUCGCACUGUUCUUCUCUCGUUCAACGAGCUACCACAUUGGCAUCAGGAUAAUGAGUUUAUCCGUCAUGGCUAUCGCCCAAUCUCGGGCUCGGCGCAGGUUUCAUUGCGCAGCUGGUCGUUUAUCCACAACGAGACGGUCAACAUCUUCUCUCACCUGAUACCAGCAGUCGCUUUUCUUCUCGGCGAGUGGUAUAUUCUACAAUAUCUUGCAGCCAACCACUCUAAUAUGAAGGGCACCGAUUUCUUCAUCUUCGCCUUCUUUCUCUUAACUGGUGUUGUCUGUAUGGGGCUGUCAGCGACAUAUCACACCCUUAUGAACCACUCCCACGAGGUUGAACAAUUUUGGCUACGAUUUGAUCUGGUUGGCAUAGUUAUCCUAACGCUGGGCGACUUUGUAUCGGGAAUCUACAUGGUGUUUUGGUGUGAACCUACACAACGCAAGAUUUACUGGUCUAUGAUUGGGGUUCUCGGAUCGAUAACCAUCUUCAUCAUGUUAAAUCCCAAGUUCAAGGGCAAAGAGUUCCGCGUUUUCCGAGCACUGGCGUUUGUAGGUACAGGCCUAUCCGGCUUUGCACCCUUGAUACAUGGAAUCGUCAUGUUCGGCUGGGCGCAAAUGAUGAAGCAGUCCGGACUACCCUAUUAUCUGGCCGAAGCAGGAUGCCUUCUGCUUGGGGCCUUGAUUUAUGUCGUAAGUCCCCAGAAUUCGCAUGUGAUGGAGAUUGAUGCUGAACACCAUGAUUCUACAGACCAAGUUUCCCGAGAGCCGCUAUCCUGGUAA